GCUCGCGCUGGUAGUGAGUUUGCACUGUCUCAUAGAGUUUUGACCCUUCGCCAAUUUCAUGCCCUCUAUCAGGAAAUUAAGCAUUAUAGUCAGAUCCCCACUAAAACGCCAGGCAGGAACUCUGGAUCUCUCCUUGAUGAAGCAUGCCUUCUGUGUUGUGACGCCCCUCCUUCCGCAAUUUUACCUUGCGGUCACAAUUUCUGUCGGAGAUGUAUUGACGAAUGGCUGAAAGCUUCUUUCAAGCUACCUCCAGAACGCCACGACUCCUUCACUACGAGGCGGUAUUCGUGUCCACCCGCGCUAAAGAAUCGGCAACAAUGCCCCCUCUGUCGUGAACCGUGUCCACGCAGUACCGAAGCUUGGGAUCUGAUUGAUCCUCCGGAUGAGUUCGAAUGUCGUAGAGAGAUGUCUCGUGUCCUGCUCUACCUCAUUUCCAAUGCCGGAAUCUCAUCUCAUCAUGACCAUUGA